GGCGGGAACUCGACGAGGGCAGAGACCUUUUUGGGGUCCAUGCGGAUGCCGUCGGUGGAGAUAGUGUGACCAAGGUAUUCUAUGCUAGAGGCAGCAAAUGUGCAUUUGCUGAGCUUGGCGUAUAAUUUCUGGUCGCGAAGGAUCGAGGUGGGAUUCGAAGGUGGGGCUAAAAACAAGGAUGUCGUCGAGGUAGAUCACGAUACCGAGGAGGUCGCGGAAGAUGUGGUUCAUGGUGGAUUGGAAUGUGGCGGGGGCGUUGGUGAGACCGAAAGGCAUUACGAGAAACUCGUAGUGCCCGAAGCGGGAGCAGAAGGCGGUUUUGUGGGUGUCCUCCUCGCGGAUGCGGAUCUGGUGGAAGCCGCUGCGAAGAUCGAUCUUGGUGAAGUAUUUGGCUCCACGGAGGCGAUCAAGAAGUUUGGAUAUCCGGGGAAGCGGAUAUUUGUUCUUGAUCGUGAUCAGGUUCAAGGCGCGGUAGUCCGUGCACAUGCGGAGUUUCGAGGUGUCGUUCUUGUUGACGAAGAGACAAUUGGUGCCGAAGGGGGAGGAGCUAGGCUUAAUAAAUACCUUUUCAAGGAGUUCAUUUCUUCGGCCUCGGGGACGGAGAGCUGGUAUGGGGGGUGCCAAGGGGGGGAGCGGUCGGGCUCAAGAUCGAUGGUGUGGGAAACACGUUGGUCGGGAGGUAGUCCGGCGGGCAAGUACUCGGGAAACACGUCUUUGAAUUCGGAUAGGAGGGCGGAGAUCUGAGGGUCGGAGGGGGGGUCUUGGUCGGGUUUGUCCGUUGGAAGCAAGUCCUUGGAACGGUCGCGGUCAAUGACAAGG